AUGAGCAGCAACAUACAUAAUUUGCUGAAUACCCCGGAUGAUGAACAUCUUAUGAUAGACGAUCCGAUGGAGGGUGUUGAGGCACCCAUCAUACGAACGGACUUUACAAUAUUUUCACCAUUGAUAACUGAAAUCCAAAAAUAUGCGGAUAUAAUUAGAAAAAGUUACGAAAAGGCCGAACAUAAUAGAAGAGUUUGCAGUGUAUUACUUAGACGUGUUGAUAGCGCUGCAGGCGAAGUGAAAGUUUUACGUCAACUAAAAAAUGAGUACACUUGGUUUUUUGAAAAUAGUAAUAAUUAUCCGAUUUUCCAAGGAUUCGUUAAAGUGAUUGAAAAAAUCCAAAAUUUUGUCAACGAUAUUUCGCAGCUUCAAGGUGUUAUGAAAUACUUUAAUGAAUAUCGAGCUCACGAGUUUUCGAUGGAUAGAAAAUUUUAUAGUCUUAUUGGCGAAUUUGAAAAGGCAACAGAAGAACUUACUAUUGCGUUACAAAAUCGCCUC